UAGCGAUCGGUUGGAUUUUUGUGAAUAUCAAACUUUGUAAAUUUGAAUAUAGUUUUAGUUCGAUUUCAAAACUUACAAGGACAAGUGUAAACACAAAAUAAUAUUUUGGGUGUUAAAAAGUGAUUUUGAAUUUAUUUUCAAAUAUAUUAUAUAAGUAAACACUAAAAAUUAACUGAAGAAUUCAAAACUAUUUUAAUAUUCGUUACAUUUUGGAAAAAAAUGGCUCUGUCGUUUGUAAGAUUAAAUAUUUUGAGGACUUCUCGCGAACUCAUCAAUCCCAAAAAUGUUACCGGAUCUUUUGGAAUGUUCAAUAAAAGGAUUAUGAAAAGUGAAAUAAGAAUGUUCUCAUUGCUGAAGAUUAUUCAUAGCCAAAAUGAUACUCUAACUAACGCAGUCCGACAAUAUUCGAAAAGCUCUAAACCAAUUUAUUCACAUGACCUGGAGUCAGAUUCAGAUUCCGAUUCGGAUUCAGAUGAAGAGUCGUCCCAUAAGAAAAACCUAAGACAAAUAAGAAAUUCACAAAGAGGAGAAAGUGAAUUUUGGCGCCGAAAAAUGCGGACCCUUCAUAAAAUUUUGGAUGUUAAUCGUGACGGUGUCAUUUCAUUUGAUGAUUACAGUCUGCUCGCUAAAAGAUUCACUGAUGUAGGCAACUUAUCCCCAGAAAUGUCUGCAGAGUUCCUCGAAGUUAUGAAACAAACUUGGGAAGAACAAUGGGGUGAAAUAAAUCCGUACAAUCUUAUUACUGCCGAACAAUUUUUAACUGAAGUACAUCAUAAACUCAACGAUAGGGAAUUAGUGAACAAAAUUGGAAGAUUUCUUCCGUACAUCUUUAAGGCAGUCGAUAUUGAUCACACUGGUAACUUGAAUCUGGAUCAAUACAAAUUAUUCUUCCGUUGUCUUGGACUCACUGAUGAGGACGCGGCUAUAUCCUUUGCUGUAAUCGAUAGAAAUGGUGAUGGUCAGCUAUCACUAAAUGAAUUCGUUCAUCUCGGACGACAAUAUUUCCUUACGGAGAACGAACGUAAGAUAUCGAAAAUGUUUUGGGGUCCAUUGGUUCAACAUUAAUAGUAGAUAUAUUUUAUUGUAAACCAUUCUUUAUAUUAUCUGUAUUUUUAGUUAAUCUAAGAAAAUAAAGAAAUAUAUUACUGUUAAUUAUAAAUAA